CGUGAAAAUGAAUCUGUAUAAAAGACACGGGCAAACCUUCCAUCGGCACCAAUCACUUCAGCUCCUCAGCAAGUUCAACUUCUAACAAUCAGCACAGUCAUGAAAAUUGUGAUCGCCCUAGCCUGUUUGGUGGCCUUUUCCGCAGCCGUUGAAGAAACUGGACAAAUCGACGCCGAUUUGGAUGUGGCAGAGCAACGCUAUGGCGGCGGACACGGGGGAGGACAACGCGGUGGACAUCAAGGCGGACGCGGUGGUGGAGGCGGUCAUCAUGGCGGACGUUUCGGACGCUCUCCCCAGAAGCCUAUUUUCCGACCACACCCUACACCCCGACCACCUAUCUAUAACCGCAAGGGUCGCUCUGUAGAUGAGAUCCUCGAACCAGUCGCAGUCCAGAUUGCCGAUCAAGAUGUUGCUGAACAAUAUUGGAGUCCAUAUGUCAACCCUGUUGAUCAGGUCGCCAUCUCUGCUGAUCAGGACGUGGCAGAGCAACGCUAUGGAGGACAUGGAGGGGGACGCGGCGGGCAUGGCGGUGGCAGACGCUACGGACGCUCUCUCGAAGAAGCUCAACCAUUCAUCGUCGCCGAGUUCCAGCCCGAGUAUGUCGAUUAUGUCUCGGAUGAUCUGCAAUUAGCCGAGAACCGCUACUACGGAGGCAACAGAGGCCACGGAGGCGGUGGAUACCGCGGUCGCCGCUCCGUUGAAGAUGAGAAUGCUGUCGCCAUUGAAGAUUUGGAAGUCGCUGAAAAUCGCGGUGGAAGCUACAACAGAGGACACAGCAGCGGCGGAUCUGGGUACGGACACUCCGGUAGUUACAGCAACAGAGGCUCAUCAGGAGGCAGUGGAUACGGGGGACAGCACCGCGGUCGCCGCUCCGUUCAAGAAAUUGCUGGCGCCAUUGAAGAUUUGGAAGUCGCUGAACACCACAACAAAGGCUACAACAGAGGCGGCAGCAGCGGAGGCUCUGGGCAGCGGCGGAAACUACAGAAGCAGCAGCGGUUAUGGCAGACCCAGCAGCGGACAUGGCCACUCGGGACACGGUGGUCGUCGUUAUUAACACGAAAAAAGCGGCAAACAAGUUGCAAACGUUCGAUGCUGAUUAUUAAACACAGGAAACAAAAAAGUAAAACGCGCAAAAUUUUAAGGUCAAAUUGGUUUGGUAUUUUAAUCAAAUGCUCGUUUGGGUUCAAUAAAACGAUUUCGACACUGGGGAUAUAAUACGAA